AUGGACAUACAUCUUCAAGAAAGUCAAACGGGAAUUAGGUUUAGUUGGAAUUUAUGGCCUCCAACAAAAAACGAAGCGGCAAAAAUUGAAGUGCCCUUAGGAUGUUUAUAUACAGUUUUAAAAAGAACAGAUGAUAAUAGUGUUAAAUUAGUAGAGUAUGAACCAUUGAAAUGUAAAACAAGUAAUUGUAUUUUAAAUCCCUACUGUAAUAUCGAUUUUAGGAAUAAAACAUGGACUUGCCCCUUUUCAAAUAUAAAAAACCCCUUCCCCUUACAUUAUGCUGAGCAUAUAUCGGAAAAGAACCUUCCAGCAGAUGUAAUGUACUCCAACAUAGAAUACAUCCAACCGUCAAACGUGGGAGAUAUACCACCUCCAACUUUUUUGUUUGUGAUUGAUACAUGUUUAUUAGAAGAGGAGUUAGAGCAACUAAAAGAUUCUAUACAGCAGUGUAUUAGUUUAAUGCCAGGUGAUGCAUACAUAGGAAUCAUAACAUUUGGAAAUAUGUGUUACGUGCAUGAAAUAGGUUUUCAUGAUUGUUUAAAAUCGUAUGUAUUUAAAGGAAGUAAAGAUAUAACAGCACAAGAUUUACAAAAACAAUUAAAUUUAGGGAGUCGGAAUGAUCCACGUAGUUCAACAACAUCUACAUCAGCUCGAAGAUUUUUACAACCAGUCAGUGAGUGUGAAUAUAAUAUUAAUAUGUUAUUAGAAGAUAUACAGAAAGAUAAUUGGCCUACUCCUCCUGAUCAAAGAGCAAAGAGAUGUACUGGCGUAGCAUUAAGUGUAGCUAUAGGAUUACUAGAAUGCUGUUGUAAUCAGUUAAGUGGUAGAAUAAUGAUGUUUAUUGGAGGUGCAGAUACAACAUCCCCUGGAAAAAUUGUAGAUACUGCUUUAAGUGAAUCACUUAGACAUCAUUUAGAUUUACAAAAAGAAAAUACGAAUGCUAGGCAUGUUAAAAAAGCAUUAAAAUAUUAUAUAUCUCUAGCAAAUAGAGCAGUAGCAUCUGGACAUGCUAUAGAUAUUUUUGCCUGUUCAUUAGAUCAAAUAGGUUUAUACGAGAUGAAAGUAUGCUGUGAGAAGACGAAUGGAUUUAUGGUAAUGGCAGAUUCGUUUUCUAUGAAUGUAUUUAAAGAUUCUUUUAAAAAAAUAUUUGAAACAGAUUCAACAGGUUAUAUAAAACAUGGAUAUAAUGCAAAAUUGACCAUCAUAUGUUCAAAGGAAUUUCGUGUUUGUGGUGCUAUAGGUGCAUGCUCAAGUAAUAAAAAAAUAGCUAAUUAUGUAUCUGAUACAUGUGUAGGUGAAGGAGGAACAUGUGAAUGGACAAUAUGUGCUUUAGAUAGACAAUCAACGAUAGCUUUUUAUUUCGAAAUAGUAAAUCAAAAUAUUUCUUCCCUACCACCAGAUAGACAAGCGUAUAUACAAUUCCAAACGUUAUAUCAACAUCCAAGUGGUAGGAGAAGAUUACGUGUAACAACAAUAUCUUACAGAUUUGCAGAAGCAAAUAUUGCAGAAAUUUCACAAGGAUUUGAUCAAGAAACUGCUGCUGUAAUUAUGGCUAGAUUUGCAGUUUUAAAAGCAGAAACAGAUGAACCUAUUGAUGUUUUAAGAUGGUUAGAUAGAAAACUAAUACGACUAGUAAGUACUUUUGCUGAUUAUCAAAAAGAUGACGUUAAUUCUUUUCAUUUAUCACCAGAAUUUUCUAUUUAUCCUCAAUUUAUGUAUCAUUUAAGAAGAUCCCAUUUUUUACAAACAUUUAAUGCUAGUCCUGAUGAAACAGCAUAUUAUCGUUCUAUACUGUUAAGAGAAAAUGUAAUGAAUUCAUUAAUAAUGAUUCAACCAGCUUUACUGCAAUAUUCUUUUGAUUCCCAAACACCAAUACCUGUCUUACUAGAUGCACAAUCAUUAAAAGCAAAUGUUAUUCUUUUACUAGAUUCAUAUUUCCAUGUUGUUGUAUGGUAUGGUGAAAUGAUUUACCAAUGGAGGGAACAAGGAUUUCAUGAUAAACCUGAGUAUGAACAUUUUAGACAAUUACUCAAUGCACCACAUGAAGAUGCUAAGUCUAUUUUAGAAGAUAGAUUUCCUAUACCUAAAUUUGUUCUUUGUAAUAGUGGUGGUAGUCAAAGUAGGUUUCUCCUAGCUAAGGUUAACCCAUCUACCACACAUAACUCCUUGAGUGGGAGCACGUUCGGCACGUCCAGUAGUGAAUCGUACAUAAUUAACACGGAUGAUGUUUCUCUCAAAAUUUUUAUGGAUCACCUGGUAAAGCUGGCUGUCCAGACAUAG